CCCCGUCUUUCCCAUCCCUCUUUCCUUCUGUCCAGCUGGCAUUUUACAGGCAGAUUUAUCAGUGCUCAUUAGAUGAAUUUUUACGUCAAAGUAUUUGGUCCUGCAGCAGAUACCCAACGUAAUUUGUAGAUGUAUUGCAGUUCAGUACAUAACGAAUACAAUCUUCCUGAAAUAGUGCACCAAGUCUGUGUGUGUGGGAAUCGACAAACUUAACAAAAGAGCCUCUCAUGGAGCAGUCUCAUAGGUUACGACACAUCGUUGUCCUCUUACUUAACGUCUGGAUUCCAUCAUGCUUUGCCCAAACCACACCCCCAGUGCGCACAAGCCCUACACCGACUUCUCAGACACCAGAGAGGCCAGAGAAUCUGAAGUUCCGUCUGUCUGGUUUCCCCAGGAAACACAAUGAGGGUCGAAUUGAGGUGUUCUAUAAAGGCGAAUGGGGAACCAUUUGUGAUGAUGAUUUCUCACUGGCCAAUGCACAUGUCCUCUGUCGCCAGCUUGGCUUUGUGUCUGCCACAGGCUGGACACACAGCGCCAUGUAUGGCAAAGGCACAGGAAAGAUUUGGCUUGACAAUGUGCAGUGUAGUGGCAGUGAAAGAAGUAUUUCAGUGUGUAAGUCUCGUGGCUGGGGCAACAGUGACUGCACUCAUGAUGAGGAUGCUGGAGUGAUCUGUAAAGAUGAGAGACUGCCUGGAUAUGUGGAAUCCAAUGUUAUAGAGGUGCAAGUAGAUGAGAAUAAGGUGGAAGAGGUCCGUUUGCGCCCUGUUGUCGCGAUGUCAACUAAACGGUUGCCAAUCACAGAAGGGGUGGUGGAAGUCAAGUAUAAGGACGGGUGGGCUCAGAUCUGCGAUAAUGGCUGGACACCCAGAAAUUCACGUGUGGUUUGUGGCAUGAUGGGAUUCCCCAAUGAGAGGAAGGUCAACAAGAACUUCUAUAAGCAUCUCAGAAAGAGAUCUGCUGAGUCUAAAGUUAAAGUUACAGCAGCCAGGCAGAAGCCCAAAGCUAAGGCUAUCCCUAAAACUAGCUCUAAGCCUAAACCAGGCAAAUCAGCUGCAGCUAAAAGGCUAUAUGCUGAGCGGCAGAAGAAUCAUUUCCUGGUUCAUUCAGUGGUAUGUUUAGGUACAGAGGUGCACUUGGGUGCGUGUCCUCUAGACUUUAAUUAUGGUAAUGCCACUGAAUCCUGCCCUGGAGGCAUGCCUGCUGUGGUCAGCUGCGUACCUGGUCCCCUGUAUGCACAGAACAUACAGAGGAAGAAACUCAAAAUUUCGACCUCUAUACGUCUGAAGGGUGGAGCGAAGCAUGGUGAAGGCCGUGUCGAGGUAUUGAAGGGCAGUGAAUGGGGGACGGUUUGUGAUGAUCUCUGGAAUCUGCUGUCUGCCAGCGUUGUAUGCAGAGAUUUGGGUUUCGGCUCUGCCAAAGAAGCCUUGACAGGGGCCCGCAUGGGACAAGGUUUGGGGCAUAUCCAUAUGAAUAAGGUCCAGUGCACUGGCCAUGAGCGUUCUCUGUGGAACUGUGGCUAUAAAAACAUCUCUUCUGAUGACUGCAAACACACAGAGGAUGCAUCAGUCCGCUGUAAUGUCCCAGAUAUGGGCUAUGAGAAGACGGUGCGCAUCUUAGGGGGCCGGUCACGCUACGAGGGUCGUGUGGAGGUGUUACAUCUUGAGACUAAUGGAACCCUGCGCUGGGGCCUGAUCUGUGGAGAAGGCUGGGGCACUGAGGAGGCCAUGGUUGUGUGCAGGCAGCUGGGCCUCGGGUACGCCAACCAUGGCCUACAAGUGCGUCUGUCAGGUGGGCGCUCGCAGUAUGAAGGGCGAGUGGAGGUGCGGGUGGGGCAGCGGUGGGGCAGUGUAUGCAGUGAGGGCUGGACCACCAAAGAAGCCAUGGUAGUGUGCAGGCAGCUAGGGCUGGGUUUCAGCAUGCAUGCUAUUACAGAAACAUGGUAUUGGGAUAGCAGUAAUGUGACAGAGAUGGUCAUGAGUGGAGUGAAAUGUACUGGAGAUGAGAUGUCUCUCAGUCAGUGCCAACACCACAAAACCAUCAACUGCCAGAAAGCAACCGCACGAUUCUCAGCAGGAGUUAUCUGCUCAGAAACUGCAUCCGAUCUAGUGUUGAAUGCAUCCCUAGUGCAGCAGACAACAUAUAUAGAGGACCGACCAUUACACAUGCUGUAUUGCGCAGCAGAGGAAGACUGUCUUUCCAAGAGCGCUUCUCAAGCUAACUGGCCUUACGGUCAUCGCCGCCUGCUCCGCUUCUCCUCACAGAUACAUAACAUCGGUCGGGCUGACUUCAGACCCAAAGCUGGCCGUCACUCAUGGGUCUGGCAUGCUUGUCAUGGGCAUUAUCAUAGUAUGGAUAUAUUUACACACUAUGACCUGCUGUCUGCCAAUGGCACUAAGGUGGCAGAAGGACACAAAGCCAGUUUCUGCCUGGAGGACGUAGAUUGUGAAGAGGGUGUUUCCAAGCGAUAUGAGUGUGCUAAUUUUGGUGAGCAGGGCAUCACUGUGGGAUGCUGGGAUCUGUAUCGCCAUGACAUUGAUUGCCAGUGGAUCGACAUCACGGAUGUCAAACCAGGAAAUUAUAUACUACAGGUUGUAAUAAAUCCCAACUAUGAGGUUUCUGAGAGUGACUUCACUAACAAUGCCAUGAAAUGUAACUGCAAAUACGAUGGCCACAGGAUCUGGGUUCAUAACUGCCAUAUUGGUGACGCUUUCAGUGAGGAGGCUGAGAGAAGGUUUGAGAAAUACCCUGGACAACUGAACAACCAGAUCUCGUAAUCAGCUAAACCAUAGAUUCAUAAUUAGACAAUCUUAUGUGUAGGCUAAAUAAUCCAGGGUAAAAUAUUGAUUAAUUAUAUAUCUUCUCACACUGCCAGUUACAGAAACCUGGAAUUCUACAUUACCUAAUGUUUUUUUAAACCAAGAGUAUAACAUUAUAUUGCCACUGCAAUAUUUGAUGUCAUCUCCAGCCAUGGAACGUUGUGGAGACAUUUCAUAAAAAUAACUUGACAUUUUUUCUUUAGACCAAAGUGGUGGAUCUGACAAGAUAAAAUUAUGAAGCCAAAGAACUAUAACUUUGAUAACACUAACUGUACUUUUUCAUGAAGACUCUAGUGGAACUCCAAAAGAUACUCUGAGUGAAUGAGUAUGGCUUCAGUAGUUUGAAGGUUAGACGUAAAACAAAUAAGGCCGUGCAAUGGCACAGCCUGCUGAAUUUGUUUACAGUGCAAUCAGGUUCUUAUUUUCUUACAGGUUUAAAAAGUCUUGUUGUGCAUCACACAGCAAAGAUGCUGUCAUCUCUGUGAGUUAAAAAAUACUUGAAUGUUUUGUACUCCAGAUGAUCAUUCACGUUUUCACGCUAUUGCAAGGUAUGAAUGUACAGUAUGUUAUGCUUUAAAGCUCUGAUUCAACAUAGGAUCUUAUGUUACUUUCAAAUGGUCUUAUGUAUGACUUGUUAAAGCUUCAUUUACUUUUUGUUACACACUAUUCUAGUUUUUAUUUUCUUCUACUGAAUAGAUUGUCUUCAUGUGAUCAUCAACAGAAACAUGUCACACUCUCCUCUUUUAGAGAUGGAUGGAAAAUAAAAGUGUUAU